GGCGGGGCCGGAGAGCCGCUCGAGACGGAGGGGAAGAUGGCGUCUACGGCGGCCGGGAAGCAGCGGAUCCCUAAAGUGGCGAAGGUGGGGCGCGGGAUGCGGCCUGGGCCUCCGUGGGCCUCGCGAGGCCUUUGCUUCCCGAGCAAAGCUGAAUGGCGGGGAGGAGGAAGCAGGCGGGAAGGCGGCGGCGGGUGAAAGCCGAGAGAGAUGGCAGGGAGCGAAGAGGGGGAGGCGGGAGCCGGAGGAGGAAGGCGGGGUGCAAAGAAACGCGUUACUUAUUUAUUUAGAGCAUUUGUACCCCGCUCGUCAGCCCAAAAGGCUUCCAUGACAUCGAAACAAGACAUUCCCAACCCGCAGGCUUACAUUCUAAUGAACAAACAAACAGGCAAAUUAAUAAAAAUGCAACGCACGAGGAACAAGGAGGGAGGUGGGAAAUAAAACUCUAAAAAAGGCACCAAUUUCUAGACAGUUAACUGUAUCUAUAAUGGGUCCCGCUGGUUGGCCUCCCGUGGAUGCUUUGCUUGAGAUUCCUGCAUUGCAGGGGGCUGGAUUAGGUGACCCUCCGGGAACCUUACAGCUCUGUAGUUGUAUGAUAGUACAGUAGUAGUAGUAAUUAAGAUGCUUAGGAAGGCAGGUGCAACCUGAUGCAGAAGAAGAUGGGGCAUUUCAUGAACCCGGGACCCCCUACAGGAAAUACCGGAGUAGACAUGCAAUGUUUCCACAGUACAGACCUAGUGCAUUGAAGUAAGAGGAGAGGAUGUGGUCAAAGUUCCCCCAAGUAUAAGGCAGUGAUAAUUAAGAACUAAGCCUGGGAGCUGUAACCCCCACCCCCAGAUUCCCUCAUGAAACUGAUCUGCAUCAUGACAUCAGUCUGGUCAGAGGGAGGAUCAUGGGGGGAAACAAAACCCAGAUGAUGAUGACCACCAGCAGAACACUGCUACUGAUGCCGCCAGUGAAUUUCGUGCCCCUUAAUUUCACUCUUCUGGAAGGCAGUCAAAAUGCCCAACCCUCAUUUUUGGCACUUGCAAAAUGGGACAGCAAAAUAGGAGGGAUACCUCCUAUUGGCUCAGCCACACAAAUACAACCUUUUCCCAUGGAGUUCCAUGCUUAUUCAGAAGUAAAUCAACACUACUAGGUUUGACCAUACUGAAACCUUAAAUGAGGGUUUUUGUUUUGUUUUGUUGAUUAAAUGUAUAUGGCACCCUUCAUCCAAGCAUCACAGGAUGGCUUACAGUAUAAAAGCACAAAAAUACAUUUGGACUGGGGCUUGCUUUUGAGGACCAGGCUUAAAUUCCAUGCACAUUUGGUUAUACGUAGUGGGAUUUGGUUCUGAGUCGAUGCGGGCUAUAAAGUAGUUUUGUUUACUUUUUUAGAGAAGAAGAAAAUUUAGCAGGUACAGUUUGUUGUGCAGAAAGUGAGAAAAGCUGCACUUGCUGAAAUUUCUUUUCCUUCACAACUGUUAAAACGAAUGGGAGUCAUUUGUAUCUUGCCACCCUCCCUGAAAGGGAAGUUGAAAUAAAGUAUAGCCACCUCCCUUUUGUUAAGCAAAUUUUGGAUGACCCAACCAUUUGCUGUCUUGAGCAGCACAAAACAAGUUGACCAAAAAGGAUUUUAUUGUGACCACAGUAAAACUAUAGAUUGACAUUAUCUUUUAUUGUUGAAUUCAGAGGCAACACCUGCCCUAUCUGGCAACAUUGUGUCAAACUGCAUGCAAUCAGCCACCAUCUAAAUGGCAGGCAUUGGUAGAGGGCAUGCUGAUUAAUUCUACCUUUCCUAAUGAUCAUCAUGAUUCAUGCAAAAUGUACAGUUAUCUAUUAGGAUACUUUUUUUUAAUGAGAAAUUGCUCCUGACAGCAAAAACAAUGUCUGUAAAAGCUCACUGUGUAAUUCCCAAAUUACAAAUAACUAAAAAUGCUAUAAAUAGAGUACAUCUUGGAAUCAAAAAGUGUUCUGAUAAGAAUGGAACAACCAAAACUUCAAACAAAAUAGAAUCAUUUAGAUUGUGUGAGUGUAAAGAAAGGGUUAAUUCCUCUUCUGGUGAAUGACUUAAUUUUUUAUUUUUGAAAGGCAAAUUGACCUGAAAGAUUGCAUUUUGUCAUGGCCAACAUUUCUAUCAUAGCAUCACAUACACUGCAUGAGCAAACUUUAUUGAUUUUUUUAAAAAUGACUUUGCACAUAUAUUUCUGUUUCACAAGAAACCCUCUAGGUAACUUUUAAGAAUAAAAUAAAAUAUUAAGAAUAUCUGUUGCAGUGUUGUGCUGAAUUACAGAAGGUUUCUGGUACUUUUACAUUAUAUAUGUAUAUAUAGAGAGAGUGAACACUUGUGGAAUUACAUUUGUUACCGCCAUGCAUAGAAUGCUAAAAUAUGUCAUCGCAAGAAAUUGUUUGUCCCCCAGGUGAAAAACAAAGCCCCAGCAGAGGUACAAAUCACAGCAGAGCAACUUUUAAGAGAAGCUAAAGAAAGAGAGCUUGAGCUUCUUCCCCCACCUCCUCAACAGAAGAUCACAGAUGAAGAGGAGCUAAAUGAUUAUAAACUUCGAAAAAGAAAGGCAAGUAAACAUCAUGCUUAUCGAAUGCUAAAUAUUUGGUUUUAUUUAUUUGAACUUGUAUCCCAGAAUCUCUUGACGUGUAAUAACUUGUUGAAACAUACUGUAACCUUAAAAAACCCUUUCCCUCAGUGGCUUAAGUCUGGCUGCCUGAUGCUAACCAUACAAUACAUUGCUUCCUAAAAGGUUUCAUUCUAGGGACGCUCCAGAGGAAGGAGUUCUAUACAUGUGGAAGAGCUACUCCAGACUUUCACUAGCUAUUAAGAACACAUCUUCAUAUGCAGUUGUCACUUGCUGGGUUUUUUGGGGAACAUGAUGAUAUAUAAGAAAAGUAGUGUUCUCUAAGAUAGCUGCUUCUGAGAAGUGCUAUCAGUGGAUCGAUUGAUAAAAUUAUCCUUUAAUAGUGGCAUUUCAGUAUUUGUCAUUAUUCUUUCAACAACAUAUAUCAUUCAACACCUUAGUCUCAAAGCAGUGUACAGUAAAGUUAAAAAGAUAAAAUGGUAAAGCCAUAAAAAAUUAAAUGCCUGCUGAAAUAAAGGUGCCAAAAGUUUGACAGGGAGGGGGCCUGUCUGAUCUCAGCUGGGAAGAAAUUCUACAGAGUUGGGCCCACAAUACUGAAUACAUAGUUGUUCAUCUGAGCCAUGGGACCCCACUAUCACAAACUCUCCUGAAGACCUCAGUGAUCAAGGCAGGGUUAUAAGGAAUCAGGCAGUCCUUAAGGUAUGCUGGACCUAAAUCACAUGACUGAAUACUUCUCCAUGAUUAAAAAAAAACAAACCAGAACUCAGACAGUCAAAUUCCUUACCAAUCUCCUUUUGGUUACACAAUACAGUUACACACUCUACUUUUCUCCCUAGACCUUUGAAGAUAAUAUAAGAAAAAACCGGACAGUUAUCAGUAACUGGAUCAAGUACGCACAAUGGGAGGAAAGCCUCAAGGAAGUACAAAGGUACUUUGUUAAGAGUUGCAUUUCAAGCACCAACUGCAUGAAUAACUUACAGUGCCCAGCUCUCUAUAAUAUAAAUCACACAUGUAUUAAUUUCAACAAUGUUUUGCUCUCAGGGCUCGUUCCAUCUACGAACGUGCUCUAGAUGUAGACUACCGAAAUGUCACCCUUUGGCUGAAGUAUGCCGAGAUGGAAAUGAAGAACCGCCAAGUUAAUCAUGCCCGAAACAUCUGGGAUCGUGCUAUUACUACUCUACCAAGAGUCAACCAGUUCUGGUAAGCGAAGUAUGGCUUGCUGCUUGGCAGACAAAUCAGUAAACCAGAGUAUAUCUUCCUCUCUAAAUGGGUGACAAAGCAUCCAUUUCUGAUCAUCUGAAAAGUAUUUGAUAAAAAUAAAUAAAUACUGUAUUGGAAAGUGUAUUUAUUGUAUUCUAUAGAUUGUAGUUUUCUGAAAAAAAGAGAUGUCACUGCAUCUUGCAUAGUUAUUGGUGAACUAUUUGCUUACCCUGGGCGAUGACCAGGAUCCAGAAUAGGAAUCUGUACUUGGGUGUGCUAGAUACCAAAUGUGCAAGCACUCUGUAUUCAAGAACCACAUGUGAUUUUAAAAAAAGAUAUUAACUAGCACAUAGACUUAUGUGUGGAGAGUGAUUAGCCUGGGUUAAGCUUCUUACGUUGCUUUUAUUUGGAAAGGUACAAAUAUACGUACAUGGAAGAGAUGCUGGGAAAUGUUGCUGGAGCCCGCCAGGUCUUUGAGCGCUGGAUGGAAUGGCAGCCGGAAGAACAAUCCUGGCAUUCUUACAUUAACUUUGAGCUGAGGUACAAGGAGGUGGACAGAGCACGCUCUAUAUAUGAGAGAUAUAUCCUUUUGAGGCUGCUUCUAUUUCAGCCUAAGGUUUUACUUUUCUGUUGUUGCUUUGUUCACAUUUUGUCUUUAGGAUCUUUCCAACCUGGUUAUCUGCGGAAUGUAGAAAUUCUAGGAAUUUGGAAGUUGAAGGAGAAGGCUACUAACUUACCUGUCUUCCUGACAGCUAAUUUCCUAUGUUGAGGAAUAUUGUUUUUACUUUGAAGGAGCCUUCAGUCAUGUGAUUAUUCUCUUGCCAUCUGAAUCCUCAGAGGCCAGGUACAAGUGUAUCACUUCAGAGACAAUUAGGCCCUGUGUGUCACCUUUUCAUCUGCUGCUGAAACUUAGCAGCAAAAGACGCCAUUCCAAAAGCAUGAUCCUAUGCAGACAUAGGUGCACCUUGGCUCCCUGUUGGAUGAGACUACAUGUUGUGCAUUCAGUUAUGCUCAGUGACCGCAAUGCUUUCACUAAUUCUGCCUGGUAUGAAUUAGGCUUUGAAGAAACCAGUUUUUAUCUUGAAUGUUGUUGGGUUGAGAGUAACAUAACAGGAGACAUGCUUAAACAUGUGAAAAGCAUGCAACAUUGGAAGGAAGGGAUUUGCUUUCACAUCAGGACCCACAUGAACAAAGGUUUAUUGGAGGUUAUAUAGGAUAAAGGUGCCCCUAAAGUGCUGCCAGCUUGAUUGAGAUUUAAAAACAACAACAAAUUAUUUGAGUCUUGCUGCAUUUACCAGUUUCCCAAAAUCUUAGAUCUGUAUCCUAAAUCAUUCUGUUUCCCCAUGAAAUAUAAAACUUCGCCAUCCUUUUGUUAUCCUUGCAUAAUAUAUUUGUGGCAUUUUAUUCUUAAAAGUUAGAAGUUAAAAUGAAAUUCUUCAUACUUUGAAUUCCUUAACAUCUUCCACUUGUCAUUGUGCAUCCCGAUGUUAAGAACUGGAUCAAGUAUGCCCGUUUUGAAGAAAAACAUAGUUAUUUUGCCCAUGCAAGGAAAGUAUUUGAGAGAGCAGUGGAAUUCUUUGGGGAAGAACAUAUGAAUGAGCAUCUGUAUGUAGCUUUUGCCAAAUUUGAAGAGAACCAGAAAGAGGUAACAUUUUGCUUAUUAGAAAAUAUAGCUUGCAUUUUGCAAUCAAAAGUAUGUUUUUGACUGAUACUGCAAAACCUUCCUUUCCCAGUCAGUGUUUCCCACCGCCAGAUUCCCAUCCAUCUGUGCUUGUUCUCCAGCUUGCUCUGUAUGGGUUUGUUAGUUGCCUGAGAAGGUGAAGGUGUCUUGCUUUCAGAGUUCCUAUUUAUCAGGUCUGCAUGUGUGUGCUAAAGUCCACCUAUCAAUUGUGGACAUUCUUUAAGAAUUGUAUACCUUAGUGAGCAAGUGAAGCCCAAACACCUUCAUUCAUUUUCUUUCUCAAUAUUUCAAGGCAGUUUGAGGGUUGGGGGAGGAAGUGGGAAUGGGGAAAAAAGUUAAAAUUUUACAUAUUGGGCAUGAUUUAUAGAAUCAUAGAACUGUAGAGUUGGAGGGGGCCCAAGGGUCAUCUAGUCCAACCCCCUGCAAUGCAGGAAUCUCAGCUAAAGCAUCCAUGACAGAUGGCCAUCCAACUUCUGCUUAAAACCUCCAAGGCAGGAGAGUCCACAACCUCCCAAGGGAGUCUGUUCCACUGUCAGAACAGCUCUUACUGUCAGAAAGUUUUCCUGAUGUUUAGUCGGAAUCUCUUUUCUUGUAACUUGAAGCCAUUGGUUCAGCUCCUACCCUGUGGAGCAGGAGAAAGCAAGCUUGCUCCAUUUUCCAUGUGACAGCCCUUGAGAUAUUUGAAGAUGACUUUCAUCUCUCCUCUCAGGCUAAACAUCACCAGCUCCUUCAACUGUUCUACACAAUUUUAAUAUGGAAAUAACAUUAUUUCAGUAGAACAUUACUUCCAAAUAAAUUGCUUAAGUAUUGUGACCUGGGUCUAUUUGUUUCUGUUGUUGUCAGUUUCUAGCAACUAGACCACAGUGCAACAUAGAACUUAUAUUGGACUUCUUGGUUUUAUAAGAAAAUGUUAGCUUAUAUAUAUUUGAGUAAAAUGAGAACCUUGUUAUAUGCUCAAGCUGAUAGUUGUAUCUCUUGCCUUGUAGAACUUUACUCUGAGAAAUGGCUGAGGAUUUGAGUUGUGAGUCAGUGCACAUGGAGUCAGAUUGUUGGUUCAUCUAGUCCUGUACUGUUUAUUCUUCAGGGUCUCAGUCAGGGUUCUUUCCCAAGAUCAUCUGCCUAUCCUUUAACUGAAAAGCUUGUGCCAGAGAGUGGUACUACGCAUUCAUGUAGAGCAUAUUUCUCCGUGCUUUCUAAGCUGUUGCUUUUUCCAGUUUGAAAGGGUGAGAGUAAUCUAUAAAUACGCCCUGGACAGAAUCCCAAAGCAUGAAGCUCAAGAGCUCUUCAAAAAUUACACCAUUUUUGAGAAGAAGUUUGGGGACCGACGAGGAAUCGAGGAUAUUAUAGUUAGCAAGAGAAGAUUCCAAUAUGAAGAAGAAGUGAAAGUGAGUGCAGCAACUGCUGGGGGCAAAUGGAAGCAUAAACUUUUAUGACAGUUCCCUGAACUGCCAUCUCCAGAAUACUACUAAGAACUUGUAUUUCUGAAGUUCUCUAUUCUCUCUUAAAGGCUAAUCCACAUAAUUAUGAUGCAUGGUUUGAUUACCUGAGGCUUGUGGAAAGUGAUGCAGAUCCUGAUGCUGUACGUGAAGUUUAUGAACGAGCCAUUGCCAAUGUUCCUCCAAUUCAAGAAAAGAGGCACUGGAAGAGGUAUAUCUAUCUGUGGAUCAAUUAUGCACUGUAUGAAGAGCUAGAGGCAAAGGUACAACUCCUGAAUUUCUUUGAUUUUCUGAGUAACAAAAUGUGACUUGUGUUUACCUAUGGAAUUAUUUUAAAUAAAUUAUUAAUUUUUGUGUGUGUGUAUGUGUAUAUAUGUAUAUGUAUAAAUAAUGACUCAUUCAAGUGGGCAAAAUCCAUUUGCUGCCCUUCAAUUUAUUCUGCCUGUCAAUUAAAAAACAGUAACUAUCAGAACAACAUAAACAGUAGAACAGUGAUUAAAAGCAGCAUUUAAAAACUAAAACAGAGAUAAAAAUACGCAUCAUUUAUUUAAAAGCCUUGGAAGUAAAAAGGCUUCGACCCAGUGCCCAGAAGGAUAACAGCAUGGGCACCAUGUGAGCCUCUCUGGGAAAAGCGUUCCACUGCCAUGGUGCAAGAGGGGAAAGGAGCACCUAUCGUUACUUUCACCCUCUGGUUACUUCCAGAGGUUCUGUUAAACAAUCUCAAUGCAUAGGCAGUUUGGUGUACAAGAAAAUGGUCCCUGAGAAAAGGGGGCCCCAGGUUGUAUAGGGCUUUAAAGGAGUCUGAAUUGUGCUCCGAAAUGGAGCAGAAAACACUGAAACACUUCAAGCCACUGGUGUGAUAUGUGCCCAAUAUCUAGUUGUAACUAGUAGUAUAGCAGCUAUAUUUUGAACCCCCUAGAGUUCAAAAAGGGAGAAUGAGGAGAACUGGGGACAGGAAGAGAAGGCGAAGAGGGGGGAAAGCUGAUGGUGGAGAGCUGUAAGCAGGUCUAGGUUUCUAGAGUAGGAGUACAGGUUUAAGUAGUAUAACUAACAGAGGCAACAAGAUAGACAAUUUUCCUAAGGGGCAUUCUGAAUAUAAUUGCUUAGAAGCAUUUGUUCUGAAUAUGUGACAUAGAAUGUGUUCUUUCUCAGGAUCCAGAGCGGACAAGACAAGUGUAUCAAGCUUGUGUUGAACUCAUUCCUCAUAAAAAGGUACUACAUUCUGUUGUAUGCCUGGGGUUCGUACAUAAGGGUGUACGUGUGUGAGUGGAGGUCAUUUUUCACCUCAGUUCUAAGUUCAAGAGUCCCCCUGUCUAGAAAUAUUGGCCCUGUUUUAGCUAUGGUUCACUGAAGCAAUAAAAGCUGGUUGCAGUUGAUUUCUCCCAUAGUCUAAACCUGUUCACAUCCUCUCAGAAACAAGUUACGCUUUGCCCCAUGGGACUUGCAGGAAGCUAAGUGAACAUAGGCUUGCCAGAGACAAAAAAGACAGCUACACAAUGACGUGAGUUCUCUGGGAAAACUUGAAUUGGAAAAUUGCCUAUGCAAAUUAGAACAUUUUCUGAUGUCCCUAGAGAGUGAUAUUAUAUGGCAAUGUAUUUACUUCUGUUUAUUAAACUAAUUAAGAAUUUUGAAACUGUCAAGCUUUUCUAAUAUUUAUUUGCAACUGGCAUUCAUUAAUUGUUACUCUUGAACUUAUGAAACAAAAUAUUCAAUGGAAAAGAAAGCACUGGACACUCUCCAUGUGUUUCAAAAAAACUCUUUAUCAGGGAAAAUGCUUUGUGCUUGUUAAUAACCAUUCUUUGGGACAAGUUUUCUGCUUUGGCAUAUUUAAGAAGACUUUAUUUUAGUUGAAUUGGAGGCAUUGCUCUCAGAGAAUCUAUAUUAUUUCUCUUUUCAGUUUACAUUUGCCAAAAUAUGGCUGUUGUAUGCUCAAUUUGAAAUAAGACAGAAGAAUCUCCAGUUUGCCAGGCGAGCAUUGGUAAGGAAAAUAAAGUGAUUGUCCAAGUUAAUUCCUUUGUGAUACAAUGAGGGUGAUCAGCUGAUCUGUCAUGAUUUGUCAUGAUUUUUUAAAGAAAAAAGUUUACUGAUUUGUAUUUGCAUAUUGAACAACAGUUACAGCUAACAAAACUUGCUAUCUGGUUUCAUAUAAAAGCAACAGUAUUACUCCAGCUCUGUAAUUCUAUAAUUAUGGGGCUAUACAAUUACUGAAAGUAUCUGAUUCAAAUGGUUAGUCAGUACAGCUAAAGAUCCUUCCAUAUUUUAUCAAGGGGCAGUUUUUGAAUUUUGUUGUUAGCUGUUGAAGUGAGGGUUAAGUGUAACACUGCAUUUCCCAAUGCCAUAGAUAACCUUCUACCAGUGAUCAUUUGCAUUUGUCCCCAGGGAUGAACCAAUCUACCCAGUGGGGUUUCUAAGCUGAAUUGGAAGGGGAGGGUCAGGCCACUUCCUUCCCGACAAAUUGAUUUAGCCUAUAGAAAUGCUUCAUCCCUAGUUUGCUUCUUUAACCAAGUUCUGGUAAGGAAAAGGAACCCCCUGGACCUGAUCAACACUAUGGGCACCACAGGGUAAUUGACUUUCAUUUAAGGAAGUGUCUUUAUACCACCAUUAGCCAUUGGACCACUUGAUUCUCUGAGGUGCCAGAAGUUUUGUCUCUUCCUCCUGCACAUGUUUACUGGUGGGUCUGACCUUCUUUUGUAAUGUAUAUUGAACAGGCCCAAAAUAUAACAUUCUAACCAUGAUAGCUGUAGUUGUCAGGGCAUGUCAAAACUGGGAGUGAGAAUCAGACCUUAGAAGCCCACUCACUGUACUUUUGGGUGUGCCUCAAAAAAGCAUGUUUGAAUCUUGUGCUCUUUCUCUAACAGGCUUUGGGCAAUUUGUGACUCUACUCUUUACAGGGAACAUCCAUAGGUAAAUGUCCAAAGAACAAACUGUUUAAAGGCUACAUUGAACUGGAGUUGCAGCUACGAGAGUUUGAUCGUUGCCGGAAACUGUAUGAGAAAUUUCUAGAGUUUGCCCCUGAAAACUGCACAUCAUGGAUCAAGUUUGCAGAGUUAGAAACCAUUCUUGGUGAUGUCGAUAGGGCCAGAGCUAUAUAUGAGUUGGCUAUUGGCCAGCCACGAUUAGACAUGCCAGAGGUAAGAGGGGUGCUGGAGUUUGCCGUGCUCUGCAACAUACUUUUCUCUGGAGGGAAUAUACUAUAACUCGGCUAAUAUGGGAGUAAUAAACAGAUUUGGAUUUUGAAUACAAAGUGCAAUGGUCUGCUGCAGCUGAUUGCCCAGACAACCUAUUUAUGUGGGAAUGUUCACUUUGCUGUACCUUAAUAACUGGCCUGUCUGCUUUCCGACUAGGUUCUUUGGAAAUCUUACAUAGACUUUGAAAUUGAACAAGAGGAAUAUGAGAACACAAGAAAUCUUUAUCGGCGAUUGCUUCAGAGAACGCAGCAUGUCAAGGUAUGUACUUGGUUAGGCAGAACUAGAUUCCACUGUAGUUCAUCGGUACAAAAGGCUGUGUGCAGUUUUUUUGAAGCUUAAGUAAGCCCACUGGAGAAGUCAGCAAGCUUGUAAUUUAGGCUACCUUGAUAGAACUGUUAAUUUAAUUCUGGUUUGCUUAGAAAAUGAAUGAGUUUAUUUCGAUGGGGUUGCCUUUAAAAUUGCUACAGAAUUUUAAGGCCUGGGGCAAAAUAGGCGAGGAGAACUUGCCGAGCUCUUAAGCAGCAUUCAGCAUGGCCCACAUCAUACCCAAACUGAUCCAUCUCUCAGGACUUUGGAACCAAUAGAGCAAGGAAGCCAACUUACUACUACAUACAGUGGUACCUUGGGUCAAGAACUUAAUUCGUUCUGGUGGUCUGUUCUUAACCUGAAACUGUUUUUAACCUGAAGCGCCACUUUAGCUAAUGGGGUCUCCCGCUGCCGCUGUGCUGCCGCUGCCCAAUUUCUGUUCUCAUCCUGAAGCAAAGUUCUUAAUCCGAGGUACUAUUUCUGGGUUAGCGGAGUCUGUAACCUGAAGCGUAUGUAACCCGAGGUACCACUGUGUUGAAAAGCAAAUCAUGUGGUGCCUUGGUUUAAGAACAGCCCUGUUUACGAACUAUUUGGUAUACGAACUUCGCAAAACUGGAAGUAGUGUUCCGGUUAGCAAACUUUACCUUGGUCUAAGAACGGAAUCCAAAUGGUGGAAGCGCACCAGCGGCAGAAGGUCUCAUUAGGGAAAGCACGCCUCGGUUUAAGAACGGUUUCGGUUUAAGAAUGGACUUCCGGAACGGAUUCAGUUCAUAAACUGAGGUACCACUGUUAGAUGUUGCCAACAGUGUAGGGACAGCUUGCAUUUUUUCCAGGUGGAGUGAUGGUCCAAUAAACAGUCUGCCUUUCCUGUCUUUGGCCACAAGGUGGAGCUACAACCUGUCAUAUCCAUGACAUUUGUCAUGCGGAGUUUAGUGAGGGGAAAUUCAGCCAUCCAUCAUUUUAAGUUUUAAUGCCUCUGGUAUAGGGAGUGACUAAAUUAGAGACCUGCUCCAUAAUCCACAUCUUCAUACCUUUGUCCAGACACCACUCACAAUCACCUCUGAAGCUACUGGGCAAUACAGUCUUUGUUUAGCAGAUCCCAUAUAUGUCUUGUUCCUCCAUUCAAAAUGUAUGACAAUUCUUCUGUUCAGAUGGUACUUUCUCUCCCUCACCUUUCCUUACCCAGUUUUUUAAAAACUGUUAUUUUUGUGUGUGCUUUUGAGAGCAAUCUGAUUUCUAAGUCAUACACUUAGAAAUAAAAUAAAAUAAUUUAAUUCAAUGCUCCAUUUUAAUAAGAACAAUAAAAAAUCCAAAGCACCUUUUCUCACAUCUAUAAUAUAUUCAUUGCUAUGAGCGCUGCAUGCAACAUAUACAGCUCCAGAGCAGAGCACUUGAUAUGCAUUAUAUAACAAUGGAUUCGUGUUAAACCCUUUGGCAGCCUGUUUUCCUGUGUAAAGAUUUGCCAUAUACCCUAAUAUGGACUUAUUUGGUUUUGCUGUAGGUGUGGAUCAGUUUUGCUCAGUUUGAACUCUCAGCAGGGAAAGAUGACAGCUUACCACGGUGUCGGCAAGUAUAUGAAGAGGCUAAUAAAACAAUGAGAAAUUGUGAGGAAAAAGAGGAGAGGCUUAUGCUUCUGGAAUCCUGGAGAAACUUUGAAGAGGAAUUUGGAACCGAAUCCAGCAAAGAGAGGGUAGACAAACUCAUGCCAGAGAAAGUCAAGAAGAGGAGGAAACUUCAAGCUGAAGAUGGGGUAAGAGCACAAGCUGGAGACCUGGCUUUGCAUGCUUGGUGGUGGCUUUUCAAGAAACAAUUUAUACACCAGCAGAAUCAAGUGAAGGUUUGUGUGAGCUAUACUAGUGUGGGCUGUGUGGAGUGUUUGUGCGCACACACAAUUCAUUGAUUUACUGUUCAAUUUUGUUCAUAAGUUCUGUUGUUCAGUAGGACUUGCUAUCAGGUACACAUGUAUAGCAGCCAUAAUUUGUGUACUGCUUCAUAGCAGUGCUUUUGAAGUGGUAUGCAAUAAAAAUUAAAAACCACUCAAACCAAAACCUAAGUAUUCACACAAGUAAUAAUAUAAAAGUUUCCUAAAACACAUGGCAGGUGGAGCCUGGCACUAGUUUUCUAUGGGCAGCUUUUUCUGGAAAGAGGGGCAUUCAAAGAUUCAGCCUCUUAAUCCGCAGCAUGAAGUGCUAUUAUGCUGCUAUUUUAAACUGUCUAUGAAACAUCAACUAUUGCAUGGAAACACUAGUGAGAGCAGGAAAAUUUAUGUCUGAUAAAGAAGCAAGCAGGCACAAUGUUUCGGGUGUCUAAUUAUGUUAACUUUUCUCCUUCUAGUCUGAUGCUGGCUGGGAAGAAUACUAUGAUUACAUCUUCCCAGAAGAUGCUGCCAAUCAGCCCAACCUCAAACUGCUUGCAAUGGCUAAGCUCUGGAAGAAGCAGCAACAAGAUGAUGAUCCAGAGAGAGAUCCAGACAAGGAUGUGGAUGAAAGCAGUCCCUAAUACCACACUUGCUUUCCCUGUUCGAUUUUGUACAGAACUUUUGCCAAUGAAUACAAUAAAUAUUUCCAAAAAAUAUCACUGG